AUGUCGACAUCGAGCGUGGUGGAUCCGCAGGACAAGAUGAGAGCCAAAGACGUGAAUAAGGUCAAGGUGGCUCGAGGUGAGCUAGCUCCUAGGCCUGCUCAUGAACCUGGCACCGUCUCACGUGCUCCUCCACCUUCCCAGUCUCACCCCAGCAAUAAUAACAACAACAGAGAACACAAAGACAGCAAAGACGACGACAAGAUAAAGUUGGAGACAGCGCCAAUUGAUGCAAGAUUUCCCUUAAUGAACCAAACACGACAUUGCUACACACGCUACCUUGAGUACCACAAGUGCAUUCAGAAGAAAGGUAAACAUGCACCUGAGUGUGAGAAGUUUGCAGACUAUUAUCGAUCGAUGUGUCCUCUUGAAUGGAUUCAGAGGUGGAAUGAACAAAGAAAACAAGAAAUAUUUCCUAGUCCAAUCUAG